CCAACACCGCCAACAAGCUGCGCAGUAUUUUACCGCAGCGCGCCCGCCCAGCCAUGCGUACCCGGUGAACUACCUCUACGCGAAACAACUCCACGCGAGCUACCUCCACGCGAAUCCUCGCAAUGUCGUUCCUCGGCCCCAAAGCGCGCGACCUCUGGUGGGCCAGCAAGACAGUACUAAAAGGCAGCCUAAUCUACCACAUCGUCACAACGCACCUGAUCUUCCUCGGCCCCACAAGCGGCAUAAGCAUGGUCCCCACGAUCCCAGACUCCUACACCACGCGCCCCUGGAUCCUGUACUCCUCGCUCCACCGCCGCGGGCGCGGGAUCCGCGUCGGCGACAUCGUGACGUACACGCACCCACUCUUCCCUCAUCAGCGGGGCUGCAAGCGCGUGCUCGGCAUGCCGGGCGACGUGGUCGCGGUGGUGAGCGCGGCGCGGCGCGACGGGGAUAUCGAAAAGGACGGGGAUGAGGGGGAUUGGGCGAAUGUGAAAGAAGGGUUUGUCAGGGUGCCCGAGGGGCAUUGUUGGCUCGCGGGGGAUAAUCUGGAGUGGAGUCGCGAUUCGAGGCUUUUUGGGCCGCUGCCGUUGGGGCUCGUCAAGGCGAAGGUGUUGGCGGUUGUGAGGCCGUGGGAGAGUGCGAGGUGGGUGGGGAGUGAGCAGGAUGUUGUUGAUGUGGGGGUGUGAGAGGAGUAUCUGUAACGGGAGUAUGCUGCCUGGAGGCUGAAUUCGCGGCAUGGAAAUUGCGCAGUGGCGCUUACCAGGUCAGGCAGAUCGAAGGUCAUGCGCAGUGACGAUUCUAUCACGAUUACGCACAAAAGUUUGGAUACGUCCUUUGGUUCUGGCAGUAAUGGGAAUGUGGAUUGCAAAAGGAAGUCACGUGGGGCGUGCAUCGCUCUUUCCUUCAGCAACACGCUCCGUCUGCACAGCCUCAAUCACCAAGAUGCUCGCGAUAAGCAUCACCGCCACCACACGCCCAGUCGGCAGAAGCAGCAAAAAGAAUAAUCCUACAUACAACAGCUGGGAUUCCCCAGUGGUCACCCACCUGAGUACUAAUCAGCCGGUACGUUGCUUAAAUAGGGCUGAGCGAACGGGAAGCCUUGUUUUCAACGUCCUGUGGUCGUAUGUGAAGGUUUUACUCAAUUAACUUAUUAUGAUGUCAAAUUGUUAUAGAUCAUUCUUGUC